GCAGGCGGCCCACGUCCCCGCCAGGCGCGGCCGGUGGUGGCGGUGGCGGUAGAGACCUGGAUCUUGCAGUUCGCGGCGGCGCUGGGGCGCAGCCAGGCGGCGGCGCCGGCAGAGACCGAGGCUGAGCUCUGAGCUAGCCGUGCACCCAGCUUUGCCCGCCCCCCACGAGCGGACCCCACACACCCUUCGGCUGUCCCUGGGGUCGUUGAGCCCCCCACGAGUGCCCUUCUAUCUCCUUGAGUGACUACAGCGUGUGUUUUUUUUUUUCCCUUCUUCCCCUGCCCGUGUGCCCUUCUCCAGGAUGGCAGAGGCGGAAUUGCACAAGGAGAGGCUGCAAGCCAUAGCAGAAAAAAGAAAGAGGCAGACAGAAAUCGAAGGGAAGAGAAGGCAGCUGGACGAACAAGUACUGCUGCUGCAGCAUUCCAAGUCCAAAGUGCUCCGGGAAAAAUGGCUGCUGCAGGGUAUGCCUGCGGGAACAGCGGAGGAGGAGGAAGCCAGGAGGCGGCAGUCUGAGGAGGAUGAGCUCAAAGUCAAGCAGCUUGAAGAUAACAUUCAGAGGCUGGAGCAGGAAAUACAAGCGCUCGAAAGUGAAGAGUCCCAGAUAUCUGCCAAAGAGCAGCUCAUCCUCGAGAAACUGAAGGAGACAGAGAAAUCCUUCCAGGACUUGCAGAAGAGUUUCUCCACGGCUGAUGGAGCUAUAUACGCCAUGGAAAUUAAUGUGGAGACAGACAAACAGACAGGAGAGACCAAGAUUCUCUCUGCAUCCACCAUUGGCCCAGAGGGGGUCCAUCAGAGAGGAGUCAAAGUCUAUGAUGAUGGUACCAAAGUAGUGUAUGAGGUGCACUCAGGAGGCACCGUGGUAGAAAACGGAGUCCAGAAAUUAAGCGCAAAGGACGUGGAAGAACUCAUUCAGAAGGCUGGACAAUCAAGCUUCAGGGGACACAUGUCGGAAAGGACUGUUGUUGCGGAUGGGAGCCUGGGCCAUCCCAAGGAACACAUGCUCUGCAAAGAAGCCAAGUUGGAAAUGGUACAGAAAUCCAGGAAAGACCCCCCUUCGGGAAACCCCGGGCAGCAGGCUCAGCCCGCCAGCACGGAAGGGCCAGAGGCAAACCUGGAUCAACCCGUCACCAUGAUUUUUAUGGGCUACCAAAACAUCGAAGAUGAAGAGGAGACUAAAAAGGUGCUAGGCUACGACGAAACCAUCAAGGCCGAAUUAGUCUUGAUCGAUGAAGACGACGAGAAAUCGCUAAGAGAGAAGACAGUGACGGACGUGUCCACCAUCGAUGGGAACGCGGCCGAGCUGGUGUCCGGGAGGCCCACGUCAGAUACCACAGAACCCUCAUCCCCAGAAGGCAAAGAAGAGAGCCUGGCCACAGAACCAGCCCCAGCAUCUGGGUGGUCCGGUGUGCUGCUACAGGGGGAUGAGGCAACUGCAGAUCCCAUAGGAACCGUAGGAACCUGUGCAGACAUGGCCAUCAAGAAGCCUCCCCAGCUUUCUGAGGAUGCUAACCAGCUGAGAAGCAAGCAGGACGACUGUGGUGACACUCGCCUGGAGCCUGCUGCCAGCUCUCCCUCCCCAGAUCGCAAAACCAUGGAAAUUGAGGUGUCCGUGGCAGAAUGUAAAAGUGUGCCCGGAGUCACCUCUACCCCCCAUUCCAAGGACCACUCUUCCCCCUUAUACUCGCCCUCACACAAUGGCCUCCUCGCUGAUCACCACGAGUCCUUAGAUAACGAUGUUGUCAGAGAGAUCCAAUAUCUAGACGAGGUGCUGGAGGCCAAUUGCUGUGACUCCUCUGUGGAUGGGACUUACAACGGAAUCUCCUCCCCAGAGCCUGGCGCGGCCACACUGGUGAGCAGCCUGGGCUCACCUGCCCAUACGCCUACCCCCUCAGCUACUCAGGCCGAACCCACUGAGACAGCACCCGGCAGGCAUGUGCCUCCUCACAUUGAGCUCAGUAGAAGCCCUUCUGACACCAUGGCUGAAGGAGAAAGAGCCAAUGGGCACGCCACUGACCAGCCCCAAGGCAUGCUGGGGGACGGCCUGCAGGCCCCUGCCAGUCCCAGCUCCUCUACCAGCUCGCACUGCUCCUCCCGAGAUGGGGAGUUCACGCUCACCACGCUGAAGAAGGAGGCCAAGUUUGAGCUGCGGGCCUUCCACGAGGACAAGAAACCCUCCAAGCUCUUCGAGGAGGAUGAACGGGAGAGGGAGCAGUUCUGCGUGCGGAAAGUGAGGCCCUCGGAAGAGAUGCUGGAGCUGGAGAAGGAGCGGCGGGAGCUCAUCCGGAGUCAGGCCGUGAAGAAGAAUCCGGGCAUUGCCGCCAAGUGGUGGAAUCCCCCCCAGGAAAAAACUAUUGAGGAGCAGCUGGACGAGGAACAUCUGGAGUCGCACAGAAAGUACAAGGAGCGCAAAGAGAGAAGGGCACAGCAGGAGCAGCUACAGCUGCAGCUGCAGCAGCAGCAACAGCAGCAACCGCCCCUGUCCCAGCCCUGCACAGCCCCAGCUUCCCACGAACACCUAGACGGCAUUGAACGCACCAAAGAGGAUGUGGUCACCGAGCAGAUUGACUUCUCUGCGGCACGCAAGCAGUUCCAGCUGAUGGAGAAUUCCCGGCAAACGGUGGCCAAGGGCCAGAGCACACCACGGCUCUUCUCCGUCAAGCCGUUCUACAGACCGCUUGGAUCCCUCAACUCAGAUAAGCCGCCAACCAUCUUGAGACCAGCCACCCUUGGGGGACCUCUGGAAGACUGCAGCAGCCAGGCAGCCAAGGGGCAGAGAGGGUCCUGUGUAUCCGAGAGCCAGUCUCCAGGAGCAGGCCCGGGUAGCACUGCCACUCAGGGAAAGGAAGGGCCAUACAGUGAGCCUUCCAAACGUGGACCCUUGUCUAAAUUGUGGGCAGAGGAUGGGGAGUUCACGAGUGCCCGGGCCGUGCUUACUGUAGUCAAGGACGAAGAUCAUGGGAUUUUGGACCAGUUUUCAAGAUCUGUCAAUGUGUCUUUGACCCAAGAGGAGCUGGACUCAGGUUUGGAUGAACUGUCUGUGAGGUCUCAGGACACCACUGUCCUGGAGACUCUGUCCAAUGACUUCAGCAUGGACAACAUUAGUGACAGCGGAGCUUCCAACGAGACACCCAGUGCCCUUCAGGAAAACUCUCUGGCUGACUUCCCGCUGCUCCAGACUCCCCAAACAGACAACCCCUCAGAGGGCCGAGAAGGAGUCUCCAAGUCCUUCAGCGACCAUGGUUUCUAUUCUCCUUCUUCCACGCUGGGAGAUUCUCCAUCGGUGGAUGACCCCUUGGAGUAUCAGGCUGGGCUCCUGGUGCAGAAUGCCAUCCAACAAGCCAUAGCUGAGCAGGUGGAUAAGGCUGAGCCGUACACCAGCAAGGAGGAGCCAGAGCAGCAGGGACCCGAAGCAACAGCCGAGGAAGCUGAAAGCCUGGCUUCUGGCACCGGGAAACCCCAGAGCAUGUUUGCGCCACCUCAGGUGUCCUCUCCCGUUCAAGAGAAAAGGGAUGUGUUACCAAAGAUCCUCCCCGUGGAGGACAAGGCACUCAGGGAAAAGGGGCCCUCCCAGCCACUGGCAGCUGUACAGCCCAGCGGGCCAGUCAACAUGGAAGAGAGCAGGCCCGAAGGAGGCUACUUCAGCAAGUACUCAGAGGCAGCCGAGCUGAGAAGCACAGCCUCCCUCCUGGCUACGCAAGAGUCUGAUGUCAUGGUUGGGCCCUUCAAACUAAGGUCAAGGAAGCAGCGGACUUUGUCCAUGAUCGAAGAAGAGAUCCGAGCAGCCCAGGAAAGGGAAGAGGAGCUGAAGCGACAGAGACAAGCGGCCCAGAGCGUCCCCAGCCCCAGGGCCAAGAAUGCCCCAUCGCUGCCUUCCAGAACUCCCUGCUACAAAACUGCUCCAGGGAAAAUAGAGAAAGUCAAACCUCCUCCAUCCCCCACAACCGAAGGUCCCAGCUUGCAGCCUGACUUAUCCCCCGAAGAGGCUGCCGGAACCCAGCGGCCCAAGAACCUGAUGCAGACCCUCAUGGAAGACUAUGAGACACACAAAUCUAAAAGGCGCGAGAGAAUGGAUGAUAGUAGUGUCCUGGAGGCCACACGGGUUAAUCGAAGAAAGAGCGCUCUGGCCUUGCGCUGGGAGGCAGGGAUUUAUGCCAACCAGGAGGAGGAGGAGGGCAAUGAGUAGACUUCCUUCAGCCCAGGAAACUCCUUUGCUGAAGGAGUUUCCGCAAAGAAACCAAGAAAUGAUCAAUUCAGAAGCAUUUUAACGGACUAUUUAUUGAAGUGCUUACAAACUCAACAGUUCUCAUGUAGACCAGAAGCUGCAAUGCACAAUGGUAAAAAAAAUAAACAAAUAAAACAAAAAGGAAAAAAAAAAAAGCGAAGAAGUCCACCCAUCAAACUCUGAGACCAGAGAGUAAGAAGAGAAAGGAUUUCUUCAUGAUUCAAAGAAGCCCCAGGCUUUGGACCAUUCCACAACCAAUCCAAAGGGACACAGGCCUGACAGAUGAGUCAGCAUAGCUGCUGCAGGCAGAACUGAAGCCAGCCUCAGCUGGGUGACAAGGAGCAAGCGGUGACUUAGUCGUCCCAUUCCGAGGCGUCAAACAAGGCCCAGGCUGGUGCAGUCUACAGCAGACAGGCUCUUCAUUCCGCCCUUGCUCUCCUGGGGCAUCAGACUUGUUGGGUCGACUCCGUUUUCUCCAGCAGCCAUAAAACGAGCGGUGUUUCUUUCCAUAGAUGCCCAAGAGGGGGCGCUGAUGAUUCAGUCUCGCUUCUGUGAAAUCAUUUUUAAUUGGGAACACUCAAUGGUCGCAAUAUAUAUAAAGACCUGUAUUUUUAAGACAAUAUCUCUUCAUGUUGCAGAUGCAAUCUGUUCUACGGUAGGAGGUUGAGAAUGCUAGGGGAGAGAGCCAAACCAAAUGGGUUAUUAGCUUUAGGACCUUCUGCGUAUCCUGGUGACUGGUCAUUUUAGGAAAACACACUUUCACAGUUCUGUUUCUUCAUAUGAAAAUUAUAUUUAGUGGGCAAUGACUAUUUUUAUGAUGGGAUGGGGGAUAGGAAUAUGGAUAAAAUCUGUACCCAGUAAACAGCUUGGUUCAAGAUGGUAGGGAUGUUUUUAGAAUGGCAAUAAUUGAAAACAGAAAGGGGGCAGGCUCUGCCUCAGAAGGGUAUAUAGUUGAUCAGAAGUAUGGUGUGUAUAACUAUUUUGUAUUUUAAAGUGGGCCUUAGAAGUGGUUGGGGCAUAGGGUGGACUCUCUUGGAUCUGAGAAAGGCAACGUUAAAGUCACGGAGGUAAAGAGAGAAAUGGGGAGGGGGGGGAGGAAGACUGGGAAAGGAAGGAAGAGAGAUUAUUUUUGCUGAAUAACCAGUGUUUUUCAGGAUGACAAAGAGAAAAAUGUAGAAUAGAAAUUUUAAGAACAGAUGUGGAAUCAGCUACAAAUCCUAAAGAUGGUGUGUAUGCCUCCGUGUGCCUGUAUAAAGAGUGUAUGUUCGCGAGCAAGGGUAUGACGUGUGUGUGCAUGUGUGUGCGUCCGCAUGUGUGUGUGUGUGUCCGUGUGCUAAAAUUUCAGGUUGAUCGUGACACAUGGCUGGACAGUAGUUCCUCCAUGGCUGUCUGCCAGCUUCAGGAGUGAGUGAGAGUUUUCUUUUUUUAUGAAAAGGGAUAUCAAGGCACAGGGCUGGUGCGCUAUUUCUUAUAUUGAACCGACCUAACAUGUUGUUUGCGUGAGUCACAAUUGUGAAGUUUGGUGCAGUUUUGUAUUGGUGAUUUGACAUUUAGACCACAUCCUAUUUAUUCUUAUGCUUUGUAUUCAUGCCUCACGGACUAUAGAGGACUCCAGCUUUACUCUCUCUGUCAUUUAAAGCAAUAUGAUAAGGGCAUUCACUAAUCAGGUGCCCUGAAUUUCUGGAUGAGGGAAUGUUUCAUUUCUGGCAAGGAGAGGGAGGGGGGGAGAAGGAGUGGGAGGGGGAGGAGAAAAAAGAAGAACUAACCAGCCUUCAUUAUUUUCCCUUUAUUUUAAAGACAAUUUCUUAAAAAGCAAUAAUUAAAUCAGACCUUGCUAAAAUCCAUUUUUGUUUUAUGUUAUUAUGUCAUAGGAUCUAAUAUGUUAUUCUAAUAAGUAGCGGCUCCACAAUAUUUAUAUGUACCUUCCCACGUGUUAUCUUUACCCUUUUUAUUAUACUAGCGCUGACUUUGGGGGAAAGCUUAUUCACUGGUAAGUGGUGGGCACGGGGUAAAAGGGAAUUGCCUGAUGACUUACAAGGAUCUUUAAGAACUGCCAAGGGACCCUGUAACUCUAAGCCAAAGUCUACAGAUGGUAGCCAGGUUAUACGAGGGGAGUGCACCCUGCCUUUAGAUGGUUCGUUCUUUUAGACAUAAUGUUUUUAAAAAUGCUAGAUGUUGGGGCAGAGAACAAAUGAGACCCUUGCUGCUGCAAGGAAUUUGCUUCACAGUAAGGGAAACUGGCCCAGGGCAAAUGUCCUGGCACAUGACAUCUGUGUCGGAUCAGAAGUCCUGCUAGCUAGCACACUGGAGGGCACAGCUUUGUCUAAGGAGUUCCAGCUGGAGGCCCCAACUGCCUGGCCCGAGAACACAGUGAUGUGGGUGUCCCUUCCCUUGGGAAACACAGGGAUAAGUGUCCCAGGGCCCUACCCAGUGGCAUAUAGAGCUAGAGAGUGAGAUAGUAUGGGUCAUACAAGAAAACUGGCUGCCCCAUGUUUUCUGGGAUCUGCUGGAGACUGUGGAGGCAGUGCAGACAACUCCCUCCGUUUUCACAAGAGGAAACGGUCCUCGUGAUUUCCUCAGAUUUCAUGUCCUGUUUGGAAGGGAACCUUGGACCCACACGGAGGGUACACUGAGGAAAGAAUCGGCAGCUGGAGCCCCCACACAGUCUGUGGGGUCACUUUGGUGGCAGAUGAAGUGGUCUUUUGAUUGCAGUAGAUUGAACAAGAAGUUCUGAAGGGUCGGGGAUUUAGAGCCGGGUACCGUGGGCCGUACUCCAUUUGUGGGUAAGGAGAGGCCCAGUUUCUGCCACUCUUUCCUGGUCACACAGCUUUUUUUUUUUCCCACGGUGGCCCCUCCAUUUCCUUGUUUUCCUGGUUUCCCUGAAUUCUAAUGGCUCCCAUUUGUUUCCUGGCUCUCCUUGCUGACGGUUCUAGAAUAUUCUAUUUAAAUGGAAAUCUGUUUCACGGGAGAGCCAGCUUUUCUCUGUGUUCUUGGCAAGGGCGGGGGGGGGGGUUAAUUCUUUUUCCUCAUUCAAGAAACAUUUGGGCCAUUUCUUUGGGCGUCUCCCUGUAGGCUUUAGGAUCCCACACGGGCCUCAUCACUUUACCCGACGUGAUCCAGCAGGUCCCUGGAGGAAAGGACGCCCUGCCCCAUAGGCCCGAGGUGAGAGGCUCCUCGCAAGUUUUGCCUUGGACACUCGGCUCUACCCUGCAUCAAAGCUUGUUAGUCUCAACUGUAAGAAAUGUGUAGCUUCCGUAGAUGUUCACAACCCUCCUGAAGAACUCCACACCGCGGUGUUUGAACGCCCACUUCCCUCCAGAGCCGAGGCUGACAGCCUUGGCUGUCUUAUCUAGGAAUAAAGGAAGCAGGACACGGUGCACGUCCCUUCCUCUUCCCUGUGCAUGCUGCCCACCCUAGGCAACGACAUAGAAACAGUAUAUAAUCAGUGUCCACACACACAUUCACGCACACACCCCCCCACACACUAGAACAAGGAACACCAAAACAGUGUUGAUUGUUGUCUUUAAAGAUAUUUUUUUCACCUGAAGAAUGGACUUAACCUAUGUAUUGAAAAAAAAAAAAAGCCUAAGUGUUAGAGAUGGUGACUAUAUCCAGUUUCAGUUACACGACCAAUUUACUGGAUUUUAAGCGUUCCGUAAGCUGCCAAGUUUUAUUUUGUGUUGCUCUUUAUCCAAAUGAUUUUUCCUUAUUUUUUUUUUAAUUGGAGGAAGGGUGGGUUGGGGGGAUGAGGGGCAGCAGCAAUACUGUGUUUGAAAAAAAAAUGAUACUCUGUACCUGGCUUUCCUGUGUUAUGUUAACCACUUCAAUGUUUUUAUUCUGCUUCAGUUUUAUAGUGACUGUGAAGGCGUUCCAUGCAGCUAUACAGUUAUUUUCUCAAUAAAACUCAACACGCG